AUGGAAGCUGUGGGUACUCCCCAAUCCUCAACAGGUGACCAUGACUACUUCACCCAAGCACCAGCACAAACAGACCACAUAGAACCUGUUCCCUCAGAUCAUGACUAUUUCUCAGAGAAGCCUCCUGAUCCUCCUGUAUCAGCAGAAGCUGACGAAGCUGAAGAUGCAGGAGCAACUAAGGAGUCUGGCAAGGAUGGGGAUGACAUGAUACUGACACUGUCUCCACAGUGUAAUGACGAGGAGGAGGAGGAUCUGGAACAUAUGAAGGAAGGUGUAGAACCAGAUGCAGAACCACAAAAGGAAAGUGUUGAAAUAGCAGCAAUUGAGGAAGAGAAAAUAGAUGCUAAUGAAGGUGAAGAAAGUACACCAGAUAAAGAAACUGUUGAAAUCACAUUAGAAAAAGAAAGUAUGGAGACAACAUCAGAUGAAGAAAGUAAGGAGAUGGCACCAGAUGAAGAAAUUAAGGAGACAAAGUAUGGCAACGCACCAGAUGAAGAAAGUAUGGCAACGGCACCAGAUGAAGUAAGUAAGGAGACGUCACCAGAUAAAGAAAGUAUGGCAACGGCACCAGAUGAAGAAAGUAUGGAAACCGCACCAGACAUGGCACAGUCUGAAAGCACACCAGCUAAUCGAGAUGUGGAAACUGCAGUAGAUGAGGAGGGCAUGGAUGUUGAAGAAGGGGAUGAAGGUGGAAGCAAAGACAAUGUUGCUGAAGGUCAGGAAUCUAAAGGUGAGGAAGGGAAUGAUGACUGUAGAGGCCCACCUGGAGAGGAAGUGAACAAACCUGUAGGAUCACAGGUGGCAGAUGACGUACAGAAUACACAUGGACAUGAAAACACUGAUGCAGAAGUACAAGGAGUUGCUGAAGAGGAGAAACCUGUGAGUGGUGGAGGAGGUGGUGGAGAUACUUCAAAUGAUAUCGAUGGAGUAGGGAAGGGUGCCCAGGAAGAAGUUGUAGGGGUACAGGAGAAGGGCAGCUCAACAAAGCCCCCGGGUGUUACCAUUUCUGCCUCUCAGACAGAGUUAUUUUCUGAGGAGGAGGAGGAGAAGGAGGAGGUUGAGGAUGGUGAAAGAAAAAGUGAUAGUGUGAAAGAUGAUAAUGACAAUGAUAAGGAUACUGUGAGCACUGUAACAGCGGAGGAGGGAGGGGAGGCAGUGGUGGAGAUGGACAAUGCUGAGGAGGAUGAAAAUGGAGGGGUGGCAGCGGAAGACUCCUUUCUCACUGCAGCGAAUCUCAACAAAAUUGCUGAGCAUGACAACGAUAGUGACACAGAAUCAGAAGCUGAUGUAGUGGGGAGACCCAACAGACGCGGGCGCAAAUCAAAAGACUUUGGUGCCUCAUUUGUAACAGAAGAGGAUGACAUGGGUUUGAUGAUUGAUGCUGAAUGGAAGGAAAAGAAGAGAACAUCAACACCUCGACGUCAACAUGAGACUAAGCUGGAUAUGUCACUACUGAGGGUGCCCUUUGAUUAUGGUUGGAGGAGGGAGGUGGUGAUGCGGGCAGUGGUGGAGGGAUCCAACACACAGAUGGACACCUACUACCAUCCCCCAGAAGGAUCUAAACUGAGGUCAAUGGUCCAGAUUGCCGAUUAUUUGUCAAGGACUAAGUCCCCAUUAUCUGUCGACAACUUUUCCUUUGCCCGGAAGUGUAUCUCUGAACCUCCCUUUGAAGUCAUGAGGCAAGCGAACAGUGGAAGGAAAUGUUUCCAGAAAAAGUCGCGAGGUGGUGCAGGGUUUGGGAGAAGUCGAGGAAGGGGGAGAGGUCGAGGUCGAGGUCGGGGUGCAUCUCCGGGUCGAGGUCAUUUUUUGCGCUCAACUUCGCCAAGUCCCGAGAAUACAUCUUCAUUCCGAGUUAGCGUUAAGACAGACAGUCCAGUGGUGACAUGGAAUUCAACACCGGUGUCUGACAGUAUAUUGCCACCCAAACGUAGACCAGGUCGUCCCUCCAAGCUGUCCUACCCUCCCCCAGAGGUUGUGAUUGAGAGAGAGGAGGAGGAGGAAGAGGAGGAGGAGGAGGAGGAGGAAAGAGAUACAGAUGUCAACUUGAGCCCCACUGUCCAGUUUGCUUCAUCUGCUGUCAGCAUCAAGCGUUCCCACAGUGACGUGGAGGACACAGACAGUGAUCACGAUGCCAACAGCUCCAUCACCAGCUCUGCUCCGCCACGGAAAAAGGCUACAGCAAGGAAGAGCACAACACCACGUGUCCCAAGCUUGAAGCCUCAGAGCAAGACGACAACGCCCCUGUCUCCCCCAGGGUCCCUGGGUCAGCUGUGCACGUUGCAGUGCCCGGGGCUGGAGGGGAUCCCCCCAACUCUACAGUGUGCUGGCUGUAUGUGUCUCUUCCAUCCCCGAUGUGUCAACUGCAAGGAAGACAAAGCCACAUUCCUCUGUCUGGUAGGUUCUGGGGUUUUACUGACUACCAACAGUGUAAGGACCAUGAGUAUCCCCACGCCAACGGUGAGAGCACCGGUGCCGGUUCAUACCCUUGUCAAUGCCAGUGUGAGACCACCACCCAUUAUGCCCACCCCAGCCACAAUUUCCAUCCCCACAUCAGGUGUAGUCCGAGCUGCACCCCCACUCACUUUGUUAAGAGCCCCACUCCAGACAUCUCUCAACAAGCCUGCUCAGGCCACUAUGCCUACUAUCCCACCCCCCAGGCUCACAGUUGCCCCGGGGGUGCUUGUACCAGUGUCUCAAGGUUCCAAUGGAAUCCAGCCUAGGACUGAUGCUCAGCUCUCAACAAAUGCUAACAAGCAGUCAGAAAUUCCUCUCAAUGCACAAUUAUUGACUCUACCAGAAGGUGUGACAAAGAGAUUAAAACUGUCACAGCCUUUGGCAUUGAAAAUCAACAAUAUUCAGAUUGUGGUGCCUCCAUCAUGUGUGAUAAACUCAAGUGAUGGGUUGAAGGUGCUGCUUCCUCCCAAUACGUUCCCUCUUCCAACAGAUCCCAAUGCCAAACUUAGCGUGACAGUGUCCAAUAACACAGCGUCCUUGGAGAGUGCUGACGGCAAGCAGCAAGUUAGCCCCCCAGUGCACCCCCCAGGGGAGGAGCUGCCUGCUGCUGCAGCUAAGAAGGAUGCACCAGUCAUUUCCUCUCCCUCCACUCGAGCAUCUAAGCGGAGACAAGCUAUGGAUGCAACCUGCUGCUAUAUUAAAAAACUGUAUGCAGGUUAUGACUGUAUGUUACAGAUAUUCGAAUAUUUACGGACUAAAGAUCUCCUAAGGGCUGGUGCAGUUUGUCGUACUUGGAAUAAAAUCUCCUUGCAACCAUGUUUAUGGAAGCGAGUUCGACUCCGGAGCACAGUCAUCAGUGAGUGGGAAGCUGCAGCACAGUUCUUUAGGAAGGUCCGAGUUGAAAGUUUGUGCCUGCAAGGGAUGUUCCACAAACACGACAGGAACAGGACAUGGCACUUGAUGAUUGCCAACCUCCACCACCUGGUUGGUCUGCGGGAGAUAGAGUUUGGUCAUGUACCAGCCUCGGUGCUCCACCUGGUCUGUGAGAAACUUGGCAACCUCGAGGUCUUCAAGUCAGAGUACAUCUCAGAAGUCAACGGAGAUCAGAAUAGGAACAUUCCCUGUAAGAUUGACUUGGGCAAGUUUGUGUGUCUGAAGCACUUGCGUGAACUGCGACUUCGAGGUACUAGGGGCCUCACACUACCUGCCUUCUCAUUCAAUGGGGGACUGGCAGAACUGGCAGCUCUCAAGAACCUGGAAACUCUGUCGCUCACUACACUGAAGUCCAUCCCGGAUAAUGAAUUCCACUUCCUCCGUGACAUGAAGCAGCUCAAGUUCCUGGAGGUUGGCAACUGUAACACUUGGUCAUCGGAGACUUACUUUGUGCUGGGCUCGCUGACAAACCUGACUCACCUCCGCCUGGAGUAUGGUGGGGAGAUCCCAGAUAUCGGCCUUGGUGAUGCUCUGUCCUCCUUGGAGAGCCUGGAGGAGCUUCAACUGAUCCACUUCGGCCUGGCCGACACGCUGUACAUCCCACUGGAGCAGCUUAACAAACUCAGGUCCCUGGUUGUCUGGCCCGAGGCAGCAGAUAUGGCAGCUGUCAAUUCCAACACGCUCACACUGGUGUCGAAACUCCAAAAACUUCAGCUGUUGGAGUGGGGUGUGAUCGUCAACUCUGACAUGUGUGCCCCUGAUCCCCUCUCUGACCAUGACCGACAGGCCAUGUGGAUUCCCUUCUAUCCCCCCAACUAUGUGGAACUCCAGAAACAGCCCGAAGCCCCCACAGUCCCUGUCAACAGACUCAGCCUCAUCCAGCUGACAGAGAGCCUGGCAGACUGUCUGCCACAUACAGACAUCAAGGUCAAGAAGAUCAAGUCUCAGGUCAAGGUUAAUGGCUGGGCUAAUGACUCAUAGUGAAACACUGCAACUUUCUCAUCCAUCAGAACAAAUUCCUUAACAGACCUCUAGAAUUGCACAUAUCUGCAGGGUGAUGACUUGAUUGUGAGAGAAAGCUAAUUCCUGGCAGAGAUGUUUGUUAGGUUGUAUUCUCUGUUCUGGUUUUCUGCUACAUGUAGGGUUCCAAGUAAGAGCAUUCACAUGUUGUAUUUGGAGGAUUUUAACAUUUUGGGAAUUUUGACAAUUUUAUUACAGUGAAACACUAGGUUUGUUGUUUUAUUUGAAAUUAUUUGGGAACAUUUUAUAAAGUUUGUGGUUAUAAUGUAUUUUGUUGAAGAAGUGGAAGUAUGAGACAGACAGACAUAGACAGAAGUGAAUUCAGUACCUCGAUGCCACAAGCCUAUAACACAUACAAUGUAACUGUUGACAAAAGGGAUUGCAUGAUUUGUACAGAAACAACCUUUACAAGAAGGUUCACUUUAUAUAAUAGUUACAAUAAUAUUACUUGAAAUACUGGUCACUGGUAUGGUGACCUGCAUCUGGCAGCUGUGGCCCUUGCAUGAAUCCUCUCUCCUCUAUCUUUAAUAACAGAGGAGAGAAGAUUCAUGCAAGGGCCACAGCUUGAAUUGCUUGAAAUAGACACACAACUUAAUAGGAUUGUACCCGACGCAUAAAGAAACAGCCUACAGAGAUAAGGACUGGGCAUUUUCUUACAAACUAGUAGGCAAAGACAAGACCCGAUGCAUGUGUACAUGAUUGUUUACCUAACUUUUACUACCCUUGAAUUUAGUAUAUAGUUUAUAAGUCCCGGUCAAUCACAGGAACAGUGCAUGAUUAUGUAUAUACAAAGAGGGCAUCACAGUUCAUGAUUAUGUAUAUGUCAUGAAAUAGAGAAGGUGACACAAUCUUUUAAUCAGUUGUAAAGGAUUUAUGUUCAAUAAACAUUUGUGCAGUAACUUCAAAAUGUGCUCUACACAUAGAUAACAUUAUACCAAUAUAUAUAAGAUGAAGAAAUAUAUUUAGGGGGCUAUCCUAAUUGACUCUAUGGCUGACAUGAAGUUGGUAUAGAUGUAUUUCAGAGAAAUAUUGAUCACACAAUACAAACCUGUAGUCCUAGGAUGGAACUGUCUACUGUUGAGGUGAAGUCCUGCCAACAUCAUCUAAGGGUUGGGUCAAGCAAGGGUUUGGUUAUCACUGAAUUUAGUAGGACUUAAAGCUAACUUUUAAAACAUAUAGCCCAUGUGAGCUUCUUGUAGAGUAUGCUGUCCAUCUACCCAGCCACCUGCCAUCAACAGUAGCACUCUGUUCACUGCCACCCCUGAUCUGUACAACCCUGUAAAGCAAUAAGAAGACAGUAGCUUGUCACACACAAGGGAAUGGACGUUAUCGUAUUAACUGUUUGGAACAGUCCAUGGUGAAAGGUAUUCGGUAAGGGUAGAAUAUGCAUUGCCAUUUUCAGUUUAUCAAAAUAUAGGUAGUUCAUGUUUUCUUGUAAUGACUGGUACAUUGUUAGUGAAGUGCAUCAAAUUUACUUUGAUAUCUUGAAAUACAGACUUAAUAAGAUGGUGAUUCAGUGUGAGAAAAAUGAGAGAAAAUAACUAAGUAAGAGCUCAAGAGGAGAGACUGGAAACCCGAAACACUCUUAUUGUUUUGGCAUAAAUUGUGCUACAAAUUUGUGUGAAUGAAGUUAUGAUACUGUUUGGUUGUGUUGACAUUAUUAGCAACUACUUCCUAAUGCCGAAAGAAGUAUUACUUAUAGUCUUUCACGGAUAGUGUUUGAAGAAGGAAAGAAGCAAUAUAGGUAACGUAGUGUUAAAUAGUAGACUAUGGAUGAUGGGUGGACUUGCCCAGAUUGGUGACACUGUGACUUGUGAGGAGAUGUUUAUCAUGGGAAUGUGUACUGAUGUACAUGGUGCUGUUUCCUUGUAGAUAGUCACCUCUGCUAUAUUGCUAUUGUUCUGAAUAUAUAUAUCUACCUUCCAACUUGGAUAAGGUUCUGAUGUGGCAAAUUGAUUGCAAUGUGUGAUAUAGAAUGAUGAGAAGGCAUUGUUAUGUCAUACAUGAAACCUACAGUUAAGGGUAACAAUUAGAAUGAGUGAAGACCUUGACUGUCUCUGAAAGAGAAAGGUUUUACAGGUAUCCCAUCAUUAAUCAUGUUGACUCAUUUGUUCAUAAUACUUUUCCAUGCAAAUUAGUAAUAACCUUCAUUGUAUAUUUCAUCAGCACUUGUAUAUAGCCUUUUUAAAGAUGGUUAGUGUACACUAUUCAUCUAGUGCUCUCUGACACCUGUGAACUUUGUAACAAAGAUCAAACUGGAUAUUGCCAAUUAUGCAAUAAAUAAUGUUUAUGAUACUUA